AUUAUAGUUAACGAAAUAAGUAUCGAAAUUUGUGCUGUUACGAAUAAAAAACACAGCAAGCGCCCUAUUUAAAUAUGACAGAAAGUGGAAAAACUUUGCAUGACGCAGCGUAUCGUCACAGUGUGCCAUGGGAAACGGUUGUGGUGUACCGCCGAAGUACCAGUACUACCAUCAUUAUCAUGGUAGCAAGUAGUGCUACCGAACCUUUUCGAACAUCAUCACCGUACCACAGGCCACAAAGUUGACGUACCGUGUUUUUGGCAAAACCUCUCCACUCCCCUGUCUCCGACCUGUCACAGAGCAAGGGGGGAAGGCAGCAAACAAUGUUUGACUGUUUUUGUCUUUGGCCACCGCUGCAGGCAACCGAUCCGGACAAAAACGUGCCAUUUGAAACUUUUCCCAAUCAGCGUGUACCGUCGUCGGUGGACAGUUCGUACGUUGCCGAACUGCUGCGCCAGCUGUACGGUUACCGGGUGCGGUAUGCACCGUACCUUCACCGGUACGCCUUGCUGAUCAACGCCAUCGAAACGGUGCUGGCGCUGUAUGCACUGCUGACACAAGCCGGCUGGGACCAUCGGCUGCAAUGGCGUCCACUGUGGCACAUUCCGAAGUAUUUGCGAAUCAAUUUCGCCCUGGUCGUGUCGCUGCUAACCAUCUACUCGAAUCUGGCAGCGAUCGUUGGUUUGCUAACGUAUCGAACGUUUCUACUUUGGCCAUACAUUUGUCUCCAUCUCGGCACGUUCGCACUGGAACUGUGGUACCUGGUGGGCAAAAAGCUGGCACUGCUACCGUCAGUUUGCUUACGGAAGUUUGACCUAAAUGUUUGCCAAAACGAAACGGACAAAUGGUGGUCCCCAUUGAUGGUUUUCCUGCCCGGCUUCAAUCUAUCGAUAGUGAUCGCCAUUUACCUGCACGUGGAUGGCCUAAAACCUGACGUCGGUACGGUACCCGGUACGGUGUGGAACACGUUCUGAGUUCAUUUAAACUGAAACCACAGUCCGGAAAAUGCGAGUGAA